AUGCGUGUGGUUUUGCUUCUACUCCUGACUAUUGCCGUCUCAGUCACCUAUGUCUUGGCAUCCUCCGACGAGAACGAUAAAGCUCUACACACAUCCGAUACAACGUAUGGAAAUGGGCAAUUGCUGAGCAACGAGGCAGCUAACACUGAGACCCCAACUCAUGAUGAUGAAGAGAGAAACCGUCCGAUCGGGCAGCUGAUGAGCGAUUACUUGUUUAAAUUCAAGAUGAUGUCGAAAACAGCUCUCUGGAAUGCUAACAAAAUUGCUGCAUACUUAAAGAAGAAAAAUAUUACAGCGAAAAAGUGGCACCGAGUUUACCAGCUCCAGAAACAAAAAAACCAAGAAGCAAAGUUACCUGAUGGAAGUUAUGUCAAAUCGCUCGAGCAAGAAGUUUAUGAAUUACUUACUGCCUCUCAGAACAUACAAAAAACGACUACUUCCAAUCCUGUCGUCUAA